UACUCUGCACAGGCACAGAGAUGUCCUUAGUUUAUACAGUAUACCUUUCACAUAGCAGGGACUCAACACGGCUAAAGCUACAUCUCCUGGAUUACUUUUUAAAUACUAAUUAGACCAUGGAUUUUCAAAAGACCAGGUGGACACAAGUUGGACUGAAGAAAAGUUCUACAAGUCUGAUUCAAGACUUCACUGCAGUGAGAUCAAGUUGGGGAAAUAACUUUAAAAAACAUGAUGAUGUUGGACUUUUUCUCUUUGAGGAGUUUAUUUAAGAUGUCCUUUUGUAAAUGUCUUCUAUGGAUGAGACAGCAGCUCAUCAAUCACACAAAAGAAUUUGAAAUCCUGAAAUGUUACAGAGAUAAGUCUUUUUGAUCCAAACCAGCAGCUGGUCUAGGGCUAGACUGCUGUACUUCAGAUGGAGCCUGAUGGAGAUGAUCUGGAGGAUCAAGUAGAGAAAUGGCUCACGGAUGACUUCAGUCUGAAUGAGUUUGAAGAUGAAGACUUGUCUGAGCUGACGGAAAUUAAAGACCACGACCUGGCACAUGACGAAGAUGCUGAUGAUGACGUGACAGCUCAACCAGCCAAUCAGCUCUCAGCUAGGGAGUGGAGGGGGUGUGUCUGCAGCAGCAGCCUGGAGCUGAUCGAUGCUGAGGAGACUGAGGAGGAAGAGGGAGCAGAGCAUAAGGUAGCAGAGGUGGGUGGGGGAGGAGGAGGCCUUGUCCGGGAAGAGGAGCAGCCCCUAACAUUGAACUGGGAGCAGGGGGGCACAGGGCCACCAACCUGUUCUUCGGUCAUGGACAAAUACAGACCAAAGAGGCCCACCACUUUGGCUCUGUUCCCACAGCAGCCACAAGCCGGCUCCCAGGACACCAUAAACAACAAUUCCCUUGGCAAAAAGGACAGUUGGAAAGACUCUCACUCGUCCUCGCCACAUAUCACAGGGGAUCAAACACCCCCGGGUGCCCAGCCCAAAGCUGAGGCCAAGGUCCGACCCAGCACGCGUCGCCCGGCCCCCAAACCUCCUGUAACCAAUGGGGCCAACAGCAGAGCUAACGGACAACCUACCACUGCUGCUACAACUGACGCACGUGCACGGGUCAGAGAGAGACAGGGGUCCACCAGUGCAAGCAACCAAUCCCCCAGGAGCCAACGCAGGGGGGCAGGAGGAGCAGGAGCAGGGGGUAAAAGUGCAGGACGGGGUGGACUGAGAGACAGGAACCAGACCGACCCAAAAGUGAAGGAUGGAUCAGGCAAAGAUGAGAGGAGAGGGGCACGGCUCUGUGAGGAGAAGUGCAGAGAUAAAGACAAGAAUGGACACUCCAGAAUAAGGGAGACGAUAGGACUAAGAGGCAGAGCAGAGGCCAAAACAAAAGCGGCCCCUAAAGCUCCCCCUAAAGGAUCUGGAAGCAAAGCAAAUAACAUGCUAAACAACCAUCAACCUUACCUGCCUGCCAUGGUGGUCCCUCGCACACCCGUUGCACCUAGAAAGAAUGACAAGAGCAAAGAGAAAGGCCAAAACCAUGACAGGAAACAAGAACAGCCUCCUGCCCUGUCACGCUCCAGCAGUGAGGGAGGCUCCAACAGAAUGUCCCUGAGCUCGGACACAGAGGGCCCUCCACCUGGACCACUGCACCCCUCCCUGUCCUACAACCCCAACCCAGACAUCAGUGAGGAGGACGGCGAGGGAGAGCCCACCCCGUCUAAGAACAUAACACAGAACUGUCCUGAAGAAAAGACAGAACACAAACCAGAACUAGAACCAGGACCCACAGAACAAAACAGCACUACUGUUACAGAGGACCAUGGUGUGGUCUGGACUGUCCCAAAGAGUGAGACCACCGCAGGGCUGAACUAUGACUCUGUGAAGUACACUCUGGUGGUGGAUGAGCACGCUCAGUUAGAGCUGGUCAGCCUCAAGGACUGUUUGCACAGUUACAGUGAGCACAAAGAUGACAGUGACACAGAGACAGUCUACCAGUCAGCCAAUGAGGAAGAGGAUCCCGAGUAUGAGGUGGAGAGGAGGAAGAAGGAUGAGGAGACCAAGAAGCAAGAGAGGAGGAAAGAAGAGGAGAGGAAAAGAAAAGAGGAGGAGGAUUUGCAGCGGAGGAGAGAAGAAGAGGUGAAGAGAAGGAGGGAAGUAGUGGCUACUUUUUACAAACAUCCUAAAUUCAGAUCAACAACAACAACUUCGGAGGAGGAUCAGUCUAAAGAGGGCAAGGCCACAGCACCGCGCAGCAAAAAGUUCCUCAACCUUUUUGGAGGUGACAACGAUUACAGUGAAACAGGUGCCAGCUCUUUUGGAAUGUUUUCCUGUGUUUUGAAUGGAGUGGAGCGACAACAGAGCCACAGAGCUGUCUACAGGUUUGUUCCUCGCCAUGCUGAUGAGCUGUACUUAGAAACAGAUGACCCAGUGCUGAUCCUGAAACAGUCUGAAGACCUGUGGUGUCAGGGUUACAAUAUGAGGACUGGAGCCACUGGAAUCUUCCCUGCUUUCUAUGUGGUCAAAGUGUCCAAAGAUAUUAACAAUGCCCCAAAAGAAGGCUGGUUGGAGCAGUUUAUGGUGCGCUUCCUUGGAUCUGUCCAGGUGCCAAUCUUCAAAGGCAAUGAUGUGCUUUGUGCUGCUAUGCAUAAGGUGGCGUGUAACAGGCGGCAGGCAGGACAGCCCCCCUCUGCUUGUGUGCUGGAGGUCAGUGUAAAAGGGGUGAAGAUUAUCGUGCAGGACCAGUGCCAGUCUGCUCACAGGGGGGACCAGUGCUUUAAUUUCUUCCAGCUGAAAAAUAUUUCCUUUUGUGGAUGCCAUCCAAAACAUAACAGAUAUUUUGGUUUCAUCACCAAACACCCCGACCAACAUCGCUUUGCCUGUCAUGUGUUGAUGUCAGAUACAACGCUGCAUCCUCUGGCUGAAUGUGUAGGGAGAGCAUUCAAACAAUACUAUAAGCAGAAUAUUGGCUACUCAUGUCCUACUGAAGACAUCUUCAUUGAGUAAGACCACACUGCCUUCUCACUACGCGCAUGUAAGCUUGGUCUUACACCUCUAAACUGAACACUACUUUCUCUAACUCUGCAUGGUGGAUUUAUUUUAUUUUAUUUUUUGACAUUGGGAUGAAACACAUUGUCCCUGGCUUUGUUCUGUCACUACUUAUAACUCUGGAUAUUAAUGGUAUGACCAGGGGUAUCCUCACAUUUAACAAAAAUUCAUUUAAAAAUGAAUUUAACAUGUUAAUCAUAAGAAUGUGCAUUGCUUUAUGAUAACAUAAUCCCAUUGGAGGUUGAACCAUCACUAGUUAUAAAGUAGAUGAUUGUUUUGCAUAAUUUGUGUUAUAACAAAGCAACAAUUCCGAAAAAUGACAGUUGGCACAGAUACAUAUUCAAUAAUGGGCGAGCAUAAAACAGUUUAAUGGUUACCUUGCUUAUCAUAUUGUGUGUUAUUGUCAAAAUACAGUGGACAAAAUACAGAACGAGCAAAAUUCUCCAAAAUAACAAAAUGGCUUUGUCUUACAUUUGGUGAGGACCAGUGUACCUAGUAGGGUUUUUUUCUUGCACAAAUGAGGGUUCAUCUAAAAUAAGCAUAACUAUGUAAAUUAUAAACAUUAUCUAUACAUGACAAUCUACUGUUGAAAUGUCUGAAGGUGCCUAAUUUUACUUUUGCUGCUUAUUUUUUUCAUCUACCAAGGUAUGCAAAGCUCUUUUCCUUUAAUUGUGAAUAAGGCCUAAAUGACGGCGUGCAAUUUCUGUCUUUAACCAAGGAUCCUGGUGGACUGGACCACUGCAGUGAUGUCUCAGACAGUGGCAUCCUCAGCUCAGGCUUUUUCUGCAUUGUCAGCUUUAAUAUAAACCAAAAUUCUAGUAGUAGAUUUGAUGAAAAACUCUCUAAAAUAGAAUAAGAUUUGUGUAAUAACUAUCAAAAUAAAAUGUCCUCAUUCUGUAUAUACAGUAAGUUAAUUGCGUUUUUCAACUUGUGAAAAGCACAGAAAAAAGGAGUUGCAUGUCAGCGUGGACCUGGUGAGCCAGCCCCUCUUACUUUCAUUGUGCCCUAAAGAAAAAGAGGACUGACUAAUAAUUAACCUUUUAAUUGGAAAAGCAAAACAUAUAUAAGAACUAAUUUCCAUUUUAUAAAGAACAGCAUGAUUUUGGUACAGUCACAUAAAAACAAUGUCUGACAAUACAGCAAUGGAGAUUAAGCCUGGACUUGUAGUAUUUUCUGAAAAUAGUGCCUAUCUUUACUUUUCUGUUACUGAUAUGACUUUUUUAGUGUCUUUUUGUGUUCUGUUUUCAAAUGUCUCCAGCCUAAGACCACGUGCAGUGUUUUUGAGAGUUAUAUAGAUAUGACACAAUGUGCUACUGAUGGUUUGGUUUGAAACUGUGGCACCAGAUCCACCAGAAAAUGUCCUUUUUGUCUGUUCACAUGUGACUCUGCCAUUAUGGUAAAUUGUAAAUAAACCAUCAUCACACAGUAUAUUUCCUGUAUAGAAAGUGUAUGUAUGUUUGUAUAGAGUUAUUAUUGUAUGCCGUCAGUUUGACCAAAAGAUGGGUGUAACACUGCAUGAUAUUAAUGUUGUCAAAUGGAGA